CCAAGAUCUUUAAAGGGAGGGGAAAAAAGAGAGAGAGAGGCAGGCACUGUAUAAAAGAAGCUCCCUUGAGGUUUCUAAAAUUUAUACAAAAACAUCAUAUGUAAGGAAACUCACCAGAUUUGGCAUCUGCUCUUUGGUGAUGGACCCAGAAGAAACUUCAGUUUAUCUGGAUUAUUACUAUGCUACGAGCCCAAACUCUGACAUCAGGGAGACCCACUCCCAUGUUCCUUACACCUCUGUCUUCCUUCCAGUCUUUUACACAGCUGUGUUCCUGACUGGAGUGCUGGGGAACCUUGUUCUCAUGGGAGCGUUGCAUUUCAAACCCGGCAGCCGAAGACUGAUCGACAUCUUUAUCAUCAAUCUAGCUGCCUCUGACUUCAUUUUCCUUGUCACAUUGCCUCUCUGGGUGGAUAAAGAAGCAUCUUUAGGACUGUGGAGGACGGGCUCCUUCCUGUGCAAAGGGAGCUCCUACAUGAUCUCCGUCAAUAUGCACUGCAGUGUCCUCCUGCUCACUUGCAUGAGUGUUGACCGCUACCUGGCCAUUGUGUGGCCAGCCGUAUCCAGGAAAUUCAGAAGGACAGACUGUGCAUAUGUAGUCUGUGCCAGCAUCUGGUUUAUCUCCUGCCUGCUGGGGUUACCUACUCUUCUGUCCAGGGAGCUCACGCUGAUUGAUGAUAAGCCAUACUGUGCAGAGAAAAAGGCAACUCCAAUUAAACUCAUAUGGUCCCUGGUGGCCUUAAUUUUCACCUUUUUUGUCCCUUUGUUGAGCAUUGUGACCUGCUACUGUUGCAUUGCAAGGAAGCUGUGUGCCCAUUACCAGCAGUCAGGAAAGCACAACAAAAAGCUGAAGAAAUCUAUAAAGAUCAUCUUUAUUGUCGUGGCAGCCUUUCUUGUCUCCUGGCUGCCCUUCAAUACUUUCAAGCUCCUGGCCAUUAUCUCUGGGUUGCAGCAGGAACACUAUCUUCCCUCAGCCAUUCUUCAGCUUGGUAUGGAGGUGAGUGGACCCUUGGCAUUUGCCAACAGCUGUGUCAACCCUUUCAUUUACUAUAUCUUCGACAGCUACAUCCGCCGGGCCAUUGUCCACUGCUUGUGCCCUUGCCUGAAAAACUAUGACUUUGGGAAUAGCACUGAGACAUCAGAUAGUCACCUCACUAAGGCUCUCUCAACCUUCAUUCAUGCAGAAGAUUUUGCCAGGAGGAGGAAGAGGUCUGUGUCACUCUAAAGGGAACUGUGACAUUUCAAGCUCUGUUGGUGGGUUUAGGAGUUAAUUUUUGUCAGCAACAAAGAAAGAAGUGUUAACGAUAGGAUUCACGUUGCUUCAUAGAUGCAAGGAAGAGUUCAUUUUUAAAGAGAGGACUGAAAAAUCCCUGUGUUGUGGAUAUAAUUAGGCCAUGUGCUGUUUUCUCAGCUGAGCAGCCUUCUUCGACCCUUGCCAAUCAAGUCCACCAGACAAAAUCCAAUUCCCAUCUGUCCUUGAACUCUUGGAUAAAGGCUCCUGCUUGAACCAGUCCCUUUCUUCAUGAUUGUUAAUGCACAUUUGGGCCUUUCCUUUCUCAAAAACCGUGGUAACUUCAUCCCCACCACCCUUCAUACUGGACUCCAGAUUGGACUACAUUUAAAUGAUUCUGCCUACUUUCAUCUGAUGAGAAAUGCAGUAACAAUGCAGGUAACAAAAAUAUAACAUACCUGCACUGUGCAAUUAAUUGUUUCUGAGUUACUAAGCUAGAUUCUGACCUCAAUCUUUAAAGCUUUGUAUAGUGAUUCUUCAUCAUCUCCCAACAUUGUGCUUCAUCCUAUGCCUAUUCACAAUGGCUUUGGACUGGCAAAAAAAAAACUCAUGGGGAUUUUGUAUUGUGUUUAUGAUUUGGGACUUACUUUAUCAUAUGGUCUUCUAGUAUUUUAACACAUCAGCAUAUGGCAGGAUUCAACCUCUGUUUGCUUUAUAAGAUAUUGAUAAAAAUGUAUCUCAUUCAUAAUGGUGUAGCAACUACUUUUUAAUGGGGUUUUACUAUGCUCUUUUGUUUUCAUUGCCUUUAUAAAUUAGGAUUUGACUUUGCUUUAAUUAGAUGUUUUUAAUUACCCAGUUAUCUAGUUAUCAAAUGAAAAUGCUAUUACUAAUAUAAUUGGAACUCAUCAAAUGCUUAGCUGUACCCCGAUGCAGAUUAUCAUUUUGUAUUUUAAUUAAAAUGUUAGUGCUACACAUUCCCUGCAGUAUCAUUUGCUUGGUACCUAUAAUUUCAAGAUAAGAUCCAGUAAUAUAGAGAGACAGGCUGCUCUGUAUUCAGCCGAAGUAGAAAAUCUCUAACGAAGAUCUCACUAGUAUUUUAUAUAUCUUUUUUCCAUACCCAGAAACCUUCUUGAAUUCCUUUACCCAAUAAAUAUUUAUUGAGUCAAUUUGUACCUAUAUUCCUUUUGAAGACUUUGAUGUGAAAAACAUGUUAAUUAGUGGCAACCACAAAAGAGUCUGCAGCAGCAAGCAUGCUAUUGUAAACGUCUUUUGAUUCAAGGGAAAGUGGGUUAUGUUUUUACCUCCACUGUUGACUUGGAUGAAUUACCAUUUUACUUCUAAAUAUUAGAUUUGAAAAUCAGAAAAAAUUUAGAAUCCUUUCAAAGACUAGCCAAUUUAAUUUCAUCUCAUGUGUCUUUCACAUUAAGAGAAACCUCAAAUAUCAGACAUCUCCUUGUAGCCUAAUUAGAUGCUGAAAAUACAGUUUUUGGUUUUAUAAAUUGGCUAACUUGUUAAUUUUUCUUAAACUGUUAUUAAAUAAAAAUAUAAUUUCCUUACGUAAGUAUUCUUCUGGACUGUAUUAAUUUCUAACAACAUAUUAAUAUUAAUACUAAUUCUAAUAACCUUUUAGUAAAUUAUUAUGGUUACAGAAAAAAAGGCCAUAUAAAUAAUAACAAAUAAAUAUUCUUGGAAAACUUCAAAACUAAAUUCAAUGCAAUUGAAUAGAUCUCUGAAAGUUAAACAAAAACAAAAUACAGAAGGUAGAAGACACAUAUUUCUUUAAAACAAAUCAGCAAAAGCACUGUUACUAAUCAUGAAAGUUACUGUCUUUAAAAAAUACUGCCUUUAAAAAAAUAGCGAAUCAAUCAGCUAAGUUAUUGGUUGGGAAAGGAGAAAACCUGUGCUAUUAAUUUUAACUUCACCCUUAAUGUUGUGAUACUAAUAAGGUCAUUUUAAUCUUUCAUACCUAAAUGUAGUUGGUAAUAUCUAUGUCUAUAGAAUUAUCAAGGAUACUGUAAAAAUAAUAAAUAUAAAUAAAGUUUUAAAUGUGGAGUAAAAAGUUACUUUAUAAAGUGAUUUGAUUUCUAUUAUUAAUUAUUGACUACUCCUUACAAAUUUUCAAACUAA